CGCCGUUGCACUUGUGGAGGAGGAAAUGGCGCCCGUCAGGUGCAGCAGGGUUUACAGACUCCAACCAGUCAAGUACUCUCGAAGUUGACACGUAAGCUCCACAGCUGGCUCUCAGUGGAACAGGCUCAGCGGGCACAGAAAUAUGUUUUUAAGUGGAGAGAAAGCCAGUGUGUGUCGGAUGGUGAAGACGUAACAGGAACACCAGACUCUGACAUUUGGGAACGGUGCUGGUACAGUAGACCCCUUGCAGAGGAAUGGCCAAAGAGCAGAAACAAAGCAGGGCAGAAACAUUUGUACUAGCUGGAUCAAAUGGUCAUAAUGGCCAACAAUGGCAGACUGGUAUGAUUAACAUGGUCAGUCACUCUUCAGGCACUAACCACAUGUCAAGGAUGGCCCGCGUUGCUUCGGAUGUGAGGCAUAAGUGUGCGGCCUAUGUGCUGGCGUUGAGGCCGUGGAGCUUCAGCGCCUCGCUCACACCGGUGGCCCUCGGCAGCGCCUUGGCAUACAAACUGGAGGGCUCUGUGGACUUGGUCAUCCUGAUGGUUUGUGCGGUGGCCGUCCUUGUGGUCCACGGGGCAGGCAACCUCGUAAACACCUACUAUGACUUCUCCAAAGGGAUUGACCACAAGAAGAGUGACGACAGGACUCUUGUGGAUGAAAUCUUGGCACCGCAGGAUGUUGUUAUGUUCGGAGCAUUGUUAUAUUCUUUGGGGUGCUUGUGUGCCACUCUGCUCUACUUCCUGUCUACACUUAGACUGGAGCACCUAGCCCUUAUUUACUUCGGCGGACUCUCCAGCUCUUUUUUAUACACUGGAGGCAUCGGCCUCAAGUACGUGGCCCUUGGAGACGUGGUAAUCCUCAUCACCUUCGGCCCGCUCGCGGUCAUGUUUGCUCACGCGGUGCAGGUUGGCUACCUGUCGGCACUGCCGCUGGUGUACGCCGUCCCGCUGGCCCUCAACACAGAAGCCAUCCUCCACAGCAACAAUACCAGAGACAUGGACUCUGACAAGCAGGCAGGCAUUGUCACCUUGGCCAUCCUCAUAGGCCCCACGCUGUCGUACGUCCUCUAUAACCUCCUGCUUUUCGUCCCCUACGUGCUCUUCUGCAUCCUCGCCACCCGUUACACCAUCAGCAUGGCGCUGCCUCUGCUCACGCUGCCCAUGGCCUUCCCCCUGGAGAAGCAGUUCCGCAGCCGGUGCUACGCAAAGAUCCCCCAGAAGACGGCCAAGCUCAACCUCCUCAUGGGACUUUUCUACGUGUUCGGGAUCAUUCUGGCACCUCCUGGCAGCUUACCAUCACUGUGAAGAAUUAGCUUUGAUAUUUCAAAUUUUGUCGUUUUAAUACAGACUAGUUUAUGUACCUCUUUGUAUUUGUACGAAGCAAUCUGAGGGCUGGCUUUAAUUUAUUGUCUAAUUUAUAUGUUGAACAGAGAUUUAGUUUAGGUCCUCCUCUGUGACACUUAAAGCAUAAUCAGAUGUUUUUUUUCAGUAUUCAGCCCACUGUAAUGUGUUGGUAAAAGUAAGAAGUGUUGUUGUUGGCAUUUUGUAGAGAUAGGCAACCUUUCAUCAUGUAAGGACUGACAAUAUUCCUACAGUUGCCAUAUUUGUUGUUCUUUAAGACAACACAACACAUCGAUAAAACAUUAUUCUCAUAUUCUCAACAUUGUCUGUACAUUUGUUCAUUGCGGUUUUUCUUUUUCUUUUCUUUUUUUGGACAGCCAAAUAGUAUUUCAUUGGAUUGUAAUAAAACUCACAGAUGCUGA